UCGUGUCGUCGUGCGGCCAGGGCCCGCAGCACGUGCCCAUCUGGGUCAUGCACCGCCCCUACUCCCGCUACUAGCGUCAAUUCGCACGUGAUUUUCCUUAGAGACUAAAUAAAAUUGAGAGUCAUGUCUGAUUGUCGUGAGCCCGGAUGCAAAUGUCUGCCUUCAACGUCUUCUGUGAGUCAGACUAUGGAUGAAAUGGAUUUUGAAAGAGGGAUCUGGUAUGCAGCCCAGAACAACGACCUGGAGCGCGUGGAGAAGCUGCUGCGCAAGGGCGUGUGCCCCGACGCGCCGGACGCGGCGGGCUACACAGCGCUGCACCACGCCGCGCGUGCCGGCCACCUCAAGGUGUGCACGCGGCUGCUGAACGCCGGCGCCAGCGUGGACGCGGCGACGCGCGCGGGCCACGCCACGGCGCUGCACCGCGCCGCCGCGGCCGGCCGCCUGCCCGUGGUGGACCUGCUGCUGCUGGCCGGCGCCAACACCAAGCUGCCUGACGUGGACGGCAAGACGGCGCUGCACCGCGCCGCCGAGCACGGCCACCUGCCCGUGGUCAAGUCCAUCCUGCAGGCGUGCCCCGACCUCAAGUACCGGCGCGACGAGCGCGGCAAGCUGCCGCUCUACUACGCGCGCGGCAACGACGAGGUCGCCAGGCUGCUGGGGUAGCAACUGUGUUGUUGCAGAAAAGUUUUAAAAAGCACGCUUUGAACUUGGUUAAGUACUUAGUAAUGAAGUUUCUCUGCAUUAUUCAUAGAAACUGCUGUAAUGUAAAAAAAAAAAAAGCCAUUACUUUGGGCCGCAGGUUUGUGUUGACGCCUGUCUCAUUGUAUCCUGCAGCCAUCGGCUGAAUGAUGUAGGGUUACCCGGUGAUCUCUCCGGGUUUUUACCCCCCGAUUCCGCCCGUCUCGACUCGAGGGCCUCGUGUUUGCGGUGCAAGCUACUGCUGCCGUCACCCGGGGCUGCUCGAGUUACGCAUUUCGACCACGUCGCGAUCGUUCAGGUUACCGACAUUCCCAGCAGACAUUACAGGUACCAUCUGCAGCACAGCCAUGCCUGUUUGCUGCAGUGAGGAGCACACCGAGCACCCCCUUUCGGAAAUAUCUCUUGGAGAGGGGAUGAGUUUUUUUAUUUAUAUAUAUAUAUAUAUAUAAAGAGAUGAGGGUGGCGGGAUUUUUUUCAAUUAGUAAAAUUUAAAAGUAUUAAGGUUAUUGAAGCUUAAAAUUUUGAACUUUAAAUGAAAUUCUGGGUUAUCAAGCGGUAUUGCGGAGAAUAGUGUAAAAGCGCUGCGUGGCAGUCGAGAGCAGUGGAGUGGGGUGCUACGCUGGGCGAGCAACGAGCCUGUUCGACUGGGCCUAUGGCUGUCAGGGUUCUUUGCCUAACUUCACUAGUAGACUGCAGCAAUGGAAAAGAACAGUAUGAGUAAUACUUUAGUACCACAAGUACCCGUCACAUCACUUGUAACGGUACUUUUGCAGCAGAUACGCUCUUGGUGAGACUCCUAACACGAUGUGUCGUGAUGUAUCCCGUCAAGUGUUCUUCCUCGGUGGUUUGUAGUCUCACUUCUCCCUACACAGCAAUAACUCAUGCAAAGAUUCACGUGACACUUGGGUAUAUUUCGAAAAAUCUAAUAACUAAACGAGAAAGGCAAAGCACGUGCUUUUUGUUACACCUGCUAGCUCAGAUCCACGCACUAACCUUCAUUUUGUUUAAUAUCUCAAUUUUUAAUGGUUAAUAUUCAUUCAAUUAUAUAUAACUACCUACAUACAGCAAUUGACAAGGGAGAGAAUGAAACUGAAUAGCUAACGGUCUAAAACAUGGGAAAAGUCUAACAAGUUUUCAGACAUCUAAACGUAAUUUUAAUCCUGCAAUCGUGAAUGCCAGUGAUUCAGGGCAGCUUUUCCCCAACAGCAUCUGAGUAUUCUUGGUGCAUGGAGUACCUCGAAUGAAGUUUGAAACCAUGCUGGUGUACAUACUUUCGUUAAGUUGGUGACGACUAGUGUCUGCUGGAAUGUCUGUUACGAGACUCUGGAGCUAAUUGCGCAUUUCCUGCAGUCAUUUAAAGUUUUUUCCAAAAGUUCAGAUUACCGUGAAUGGACUGCGUAAAUGCUGCGAGGUUUUUUUUUAUGUGUGUAGAGAGUGUGGGUAAGCAUAGAGGUUGCUGUGUCAGUAAAACUGUAUCUAACUGUAUUUUUGACAAGGGACACAUUCAUAGAUGUAAGAGUUCUCACUAGCUUACUGUGUGCUGGCAUUGUUGCUGUGAAGCAGGUGGGCUUAGAGACAGCUGUGUGUUAGCUAAUUCACAAAUGAACUUGUUAGUUGAUUAUGUGUUUUGGUGUUGCAGAAACUUUUUUUUAUUAUUAUUUCAUGUAUUGCUCUUCGAAAUGCUUUGCAUUGGUAAAGCCCAGUACACACGGUCAUCUUUCUUGUUCGAGAGUGUGUGUAUGUUCUACACCUCGUCAUGUGCAUUGCCUCCAAGAGUGCUAUGCUAUAAAAGUAUGCAAUGGGGUAGUUCUUUUUUUUCAUUAUCAUUAUUUUAAAACUCCUGUGUGUAAACAAACAGUAAAUUUUUGUAGUAGCAUUAAAAAAAAAUCUUACCUGUGUUUCUACAUGCCCUAGCCCAUUUUAGUACAGAUAUACGUAUGUAUAAAUGAAAUAAAUGUUAGGAAAGAAAAUUAACCACUCCAAAAAUAAAAAUCUCAAACUGGUAUCAUAUGAUUUGUGCAUUAUCUUUCUGACUACAAUUGGAUUUAGUAUUUGUUUUGUUAUUCACCUGUGAUGAUAAGUUACGUACUCAAGAAAGAGGCCCGUGUGUAUUAAGCUUGAUGAAUCUCAUGUUGAAGUCAUGUUUAUUUCAUAUGUAUUCUUGAAUACUACCAUUUUAAAGUAAGGUGCUUUCCAGUUAUAGAUUGUUAAUUACUGUCUUGAUUGAGUGCUUUAACUAAGAUUAAAAUGAAAUUGUUUGGAUUUUUUUAAACAGUAUCAUAUUUUGGCAGAUGCUUUUUUAUUUUUUGCAAAAUGAUUCCAUUACUGCCAUGUCAAAUUAAUUUGUACAAAUAAGAAUUAGUAAUUUUUGAAAAUGGGUGCCAAAGUACGUUUGCUAUUGGAAAGCACUCUAGAUUUUUCGUUGCAUUUUAAAUGUAACUGUUGCAGUUUACAUGAUAAUGUAAAUUGAAUAGGUAGCGCCUAAAAAUGAAUGUGGCCAAAUGUAGUGUGUGACGUAAAUUAUUUUUACAUUAAAAAUGGUCACAUUUUUACAGAUUUUUGCAUGCUUUCUGUGUUAAAGAUGCUAUACAGUGUUAACAUUAACAGUGAGAAUUAUGUGUAUGCAAAUAUUAGUGUUUAGCAUUCUUAUAAUAUUUGUGUUGUACAAAUAGUGAUCGGUAGAAAAAUUUGUCACUCAAGUUGUCAUGAAACGUUACCUUUUCCUUUCUGUAUUCUCGCUGGAAAUUUUGUGUAUGAUUCUGAGACUGUUUUUAUAAUAUUCAUCAGUGGAGCGGUGAAUUGAAGUUACAAAAAAAAAUUACCUGGCAAGAGAUAAUAAGUGUGGUUCAGGUUUACCUUAAAGGUCACAUAUUUCAUUAUUUAAAUUUUGAUACCGAAUGAGGCUAAGAAGAACCACUACAAUGUGUAUGAACUUAGAUUUACUCAAUCACCAUAUUUUACCUUAAAAUAAUGAACUGUAUCUAAAUAUUUGUUGCUUGAUUAUUUUUUUCCUUAAAAGCUAUUAGUUUCAUAAUAGUGAAUUUCCUUAGUUGUAGCAUGUGGGGUAUUUCUAAUUUUAUAACUGUAAAUAAAAUUUUGUAGGUUUUUUUUAAAAUGUUAUUGUUAUUUGAAUCAAAAUAGGUGCAGAUGGAUGAAAGCUUAUUAGGUUCAACUUUUAACCGUAAAAUGGCUAUUUACGAGCUUUGGAACAUACACUGCAUCAUAUUCUCUCAGUAAUGUUGUUGCUGUUCCUCUCAAACUAGCAAGAGAGAAAAAAAAAACAGUUCUUUGUGUUUUGCUUAGCUGGUGAAUUUCUAAGAAGAGUACAGUGUUAGAUUUAUGUUACCCUCUUUUAUCGCAUAAUCGUAACACGCGCGUAAUCGUCGCACCUAUAUUUUUGGCCGUCAAAAUUGGGAUAAAAAACUUUUUGCUUAAACGUCGAAUGAUGUUUUUGGUCCCGCUAUUAGAUUCUGAGCGCUUUGUGUAGGUAUCUUUUCCAUAUAAAACUAUGUAUUUUAAAGUAUAAAUCUAAUAUUUAUUCGGAAAUUACCACUUAUUUAAUUAACUGAAAUACGAAAUUGUCUUAUGUGUAAAUUUUCUUUUAAAGACGUUUUUAAACGUUAUUAUCUUUAUCUGAUCAUCUGUGUCGCCCCGGUGUAGAUAUAUUUUCCAUAUAGAUGAUGUAUUUUAAAGUAGAAAUAUAAUAUUUAUUUGGACAUUAACACUUACUUAUUUAAUUAACGGAAAUACAAAGUUGUCUGACCUGUAAAUUUUCUUUUAAAGACUAUAUUAAGACUAUAUUGUAAACUCUAAACUCUGUUAAUGGUAGAUAGAGGCUUGGUUUAGCAUGAUUUUCUCUCUUGGUGUGCCAUUGUGCUAUUUCUUUGCCACUGGUGUGAGACUGUGUAAUUCUGCUUAUUUUGGUUUGCACAUUUAAAAUAGGUAAGAAUCACGUGAUUGCUCUUGAACUACAUAAUCUUGAUGGAUGCCACUAGGCAUGUUUUAAUUUGAUGUCUUAUAGCAUGAACUAUUUUUCCAUGUGCUUGUGUUCAACUAUUUGCACUUUUCAGCAAUCUGAAUGUACUCAUAAAGAGUUGUGAUCUGAUUUUUUUUUUCUUUUUGUAAGUAAGAGUGCAAAAUGACUGCAUUUCCAAAUCAAGUAUGGAAAAGCAGAAGGUUGAGAGGAAGUUCAAAUUUCCACUCAGUGAUGCCACUGCAAAUAAAGUAAGUAGCAUGUCAGAGCAGUUUGCUUUUGUUUUGCUUCUAAAGGGAACAUAUUUGAUCCUUUUGUCAUUGCUUAAAAGAUUAUGUGUCUGUACUUGUAUCAUGUGUGUCGACACACGGUAUUUAAUAUAAUGUGCUAUCUUAAGCCAUAUUAUUUAGAAGCUGGUCAUGACAUUCAAUCAAAUUUGCCAAAUUAUACAGUAAUAUAAAAUUGUGCCCUCUUACACCACCCAGUGGAUGUUGCUUGAAAAGCUAAUGUUAUUGGCACUCUUGCAUUCUCAAUGUUUGAGAUUACGUUGUUUCUUGCAAUGGUAAAUUUUUUAGACUUAUAUGAAGCUAUAAGGUAUAACUUUACAUAAUUUUUACAAAAAAAUUCUGAUGCUUUGAAGAAUCAACAUUACUAAAUUCCAGAUAAGUUGUUAAAAAUUAUUUACCAUAUUGUGAAAAAAAGAUAGCCAAUGUAAUUUGAUAUAGUAUUUUAUGUAUGUGAUCUGUAUAUUACCUAUAUAAAUACUAGUAUGAUGUUUAUUUUGAGCCAUUUCUAUAAAGGUUGAAUUAAUAAUGAAAUACCUAGAUUAUUCUGUAUCUAAUGCUGUGUAACAUGAAAUUAAUAAUGCUCUCGUGCCAUUUUCGUUAUUUUUAUAGAGCUUGUUUCCAUUCAAACAUGUAAAUCUGGUUCACGUGGUUUCAUAAAUGUUACAAAGUCACGAGAAGGAACAAAUGAUAUUUUACCGUCCACUUGGAAAACUUGGAUUGCAUAGUGUAAUGUUUAACUGUUUUGUUGAUGUUGAAUCCAAUAGUAUAAUUUUUUUUAUUGGAAUCAGCAUAUAAAAAAUGGCAAGUCUUGACGUUGCUUGGAAAUGAGUACCCUGAAGUUGAAAUUAGCAACUUGGAUUGUGAAAACUGCAGUGUAAAAAUGAAGAUGUCGUAGAAUUAAAAUUUUACCUUUUGCUGUGAAUGUUACAGAUUUUAUCUAACAGGCACUACAUUUUUAUGACCAUUUAAAUGUUUUCUGAAAAUUAAAUAAGUAAAAUUGUUCAUUUUUGCUUUUUUUAAUACUUUGUGUUUAUUUUUAUUUUCAUGUAUAAUUGGCUUCUAAAUAUUAUUCCAUGAUUUUCUCUCUCCGCUAGUCACAAUUUUUAAGAACUGUUAAUAUUUUUGUUCACAAAAUUUCCUUUUUUUUUUUUUUUUUUUUUUUUAAUGUAUAGAAAGUGUUUUUUUCUUUAAACAUAGCAGUACUAAAACUUAUAAAUAAGAAAUUAUGUAAUCAGUAUUUGUAUUUUUAUAACAGCAUAGAUAUCCUUGUGUAGUAUAAUUUUUACUAGUGUUAUUUUUUGAUUAAAGAGAAUGUAUAGUUUCUGCUUAUAUAGUUAAUACUUCAGGUAAAAAAUGUAUGAACUAGGUAGUUUAAAUUUAAAUGUCAGUACUGAUUGCAAAUGUAUGUUAUAAAUUAACAAUGUAAUUAUAAUUUUGUACUACUGUAUUAUUAGUAUAGUGAAUAUUUUUAAGAUUGUAUUUUUGGCACUUUUUCCUGUCUUAAAGCAACACGUUUAUUUUACUAAACAUAAAUCUUGGUCCUAGAUGUAGUUGCAAAUUAACUCAUUCUUUGUGCUGAAGCUAAUAGUUCCGUUACCAAGACUUCUUACAUGUGACAUUGUGAUUAUAUUGUGUUUUAGAGUUCGUGAAUGUGUUGACUUUCUUUAGAAGAUAGUGGCAGUGGAAUUUCAUGUAUCACGUGUUUAGUAUAAGAUGAAAUAUUGUACAUAAGAAUAAACACAUUAAAAGCUGUAAAGAAAGAUAAUGGUAAUAUUCUUGUAGACAAAACCAAAGUGAUAUCCCCUAUGGCUGAAUAUAAUAGGAUGGUUUUUACCGAAACUGCUUGUAAACUUGUAUCUUGGUGCUGGAAGAUGUGGAUUUACAGCGAUGGGAACAGCUUAGUUGAAAAACCACACACUCUGCUCUUUACGAUGUUCUGAAUCUUAGGGAGGUAAGAGAGGUGUCAGUAGGCUUGACAGGUGAGACUAGAUAACACUGGAAUGCGGCUGCUAGCAAAGGCACCCCUCUCCUCACCCUUCUUCCUGAUCUUUCCUGGUGACGACCAAAUAUCACAGCACACACUGCUCUCUGACGAUUGGCUUAUGAACUACAGAUAUAAAACUCUUUUCGUUAAAAUUGCAGCUUUUUUUUUCUUCUAAUUGCUGCUUGCUGCUUCAAAAAAGGCCAUGGCAAAUCACUCUACCGACUGAAAGUGGCACCAGAAAAGCUGUUGGUAAAUGUAAAAUAGUUUUUAAUUUCUGUGUGUUUGAUUUUUACCCCAUAAAGUAUUUUUAAUGAACUCUUAAUCAAAAAGUUUGGGUCGCGUUACAUUUAGAGUUAACAGUAUUUUGAGGUAAAUAACAAAAUAAGGUAUCUGGUAACUUAAAAUCCUUUGGCUGAAGUAAUGCGAACAUGCCAGAUUGGAGGAAUUUGCAUUGCAGCUAUCAUG